GCAGACAGCAAAGAAAAAAACUAAAAAAAAAGAUGAGAUUUCUUAAUAAUAAAAAAACUUUUGCCUGUUUUUAUCUUCACUUUCUUCCUCUUCUUCUUCUUUUUGGCUAUUGUACCCACAACGUUCUUUCUUCUUCACUGUUUUUAAUUUCUUUUGAUCGCCAAGGUCUAUCGCUAAUUUUCAAGCAUCCAGCCAAGGGACAUAGCAAUGGAGUACGUAGAGCCUGUUGUUAGAAUUGCAAAUUGUCUCGGAACUCCUGUUUGUAAAUAUUUGCAAUAUCACAGAAAGCUCAAUGGUUAUGUGAGAAACUUCAAGAGGAUCAGAGAUGAAUUGAAUUGCAAAAUGAAAGACAUAGAGCUGCAAUUGAAAGCAGAGCUUCUUCGUCCUCUGGGGAAGAUACCAAAGCAGGGAGUUGAAAAUUGGUUGAAAGAUGUGAAAGAGAUGAUUAGGGAAGCACAAGUUGUUGAAAACAAAGUCAGUAACGGAAGAUAUAUCUGUCGUGCUUGCAGCGGGAAGCUGGUUGAUGAAAAGACUCGAGAAAUGAAGGAAUUUCUUGAUAAAGCUCCUAAUGCCUCUGAAGGUCUUGCCAUUGAUGGUCCAAGUGCUGGGUUGCCACUGCCAACAUCAGAACUAGUUGGAGACGAAGCUGUCAGAAAUGAGAUUUGGGCAUGCUUGAUGCAGGAGGAGGUGAGCAAGAUUGGGGUUUGGGGGAUGGGCGGUGUGGGUAAAACCACUAUCAUGAAGCACAUCCACUAUGAUCUUUUAAAGCAACAAAGAUUCGAAAGGGUAAUUUGGGUUACCAUAUCAAAGGAGUUCUAUGUAAUGAAGGUACAAGAUAAUAUUUCAAGAGCGUUGGAGUCAAAGGAAUAUUUAGACAAAGAAGAAGACAAGCUCAGACGAGCGGCAAUCUUAUCAGAAAUGCUGAAGAAAGCAGGAAAGCAUGUUCUAAUCCUAGAUGAUGUGUGGGAUAAAGUCUCUCUAGAGGAAGUUGGGAUCCCCGAGCCAAGUGACAGCAAUGGCUGCAAGUUGGUGUUGACAACCCGUUCGGAGCAUGUCUGUAAGUAUAUGGGUUGUAAGGUGAUAAAAGUGAAGCCCCUUUCAGAAGAAGAGGCAUUGAUACUAUUCUUGAGCGAAGUUAGACCUAACAUGGUGCAAAAUCAAACUUUAAUGCCAACUUUGAAGCUUGUUGUCAAAGAAUGUGCGGGUCUGCCUCUUACAAUUGUCAUCAUAGCUGGUACAUUGAGAGGAGAAGAUGACCCUCUUAUCUGGAAAAAUGCACUCGGGGAAUUGAAAGAGAGAAUAGGGAAAGUGGAAGAAGUGGAAGCUAAAGUGAUCGAGAGAUAA